GAGAGGCGGGAUGGAAGAUUCGAGGACGGGUUUUUUUGGGCAACUUGGAACAAGGGACGCCGUUCCCUAUUAUUUCACCCAAAUGACGCGAACGAGCCUCCUCAAGCCGACAUGCUAGGGGCGCUUGCGAGUGGGGACAUGUGGUCGAUCUAG